GCAUGCAAACUAUAAAUAAUCUAAUAAUUUUGUGGUACAAUAUGAAUUAAAUCCAAAUCUUUCAUCAUAACAAAAUAAUUAAGAUGGACAAAAUAUGGCUCUUUUCUUUAAUAAUCUCCAUUAUUUUACCACUAAUAUACUUCUUCCUUAAUACUAAUUACUACAAAAAAAACCAAACUCAAAAGAUUCAUAAAAGUCCACCACCAAGUCCACCAUCUAUUCCCAUAAUAGGCCAUCUUCGAUUAACCAAACAAGGUCAACUUUACCGCACCUUACAAAAACUUUCAUUAAAAUAUGGUUCAAUUUAUUCACUUAAACUUGGGUGUCUACCCUUUGUGAUCGUAUCUUCACCAGAAGUAGUUGAAGAAUGUUUCACCAAAAACGACACCGUUUUAGCCAAUAGGCCUCAAAACCUCGUUGUAAAACAUAUUCACUAUGACUCUACCACCGUUGGAUCUGCCCCAUAUGGUCCAUUAUGGCAAAACCUACGUAGAAUAACUUCUCUUGAACUGUUCUCGACAAAUCGAAUGAACACCUUUCAAAGCAUAAGAGUAGAUGAAGUUAAAUCUUUGCUUAAAGGCUUGUUUGGAAGUAGCAAAGAAAAGUAUACUAAAUUUGAGAUGGGGUCUAAAUUUUAUGGGUUAUCCUUAAAUAUAAUUACUAGGAUUUUAAUGGGUAAAAGAUAUUUUCCUUUAGAGAAUAAUGAAAGUAGUAAUGAGGGAGAUCAUCAAGAAGCUGAGGAGGUCAUUAGGUUAAUAAAAGAGAUAUUUGAGCUUCAUGAGGUUUCAACAUAUUUGGGAGAUUUUUUGCCAUUUUUGAAGUGGAUGCAUUCGAUGAAGAAAAUAGAGAGAAGAAUAAUUGAUGCAAGGAAUAAAAUGGAUGAUUACUUAGAUGGUUUGAUAGAAGAGUGUAGAAAGAGUAAUGAUGGGUGUCAAUCAAAUGAUCAAGGCAAGAAUAUUGCUUUUAUUUAUAAGUUGCUAGAUCUACAAGAGUUAGAGCCUCAAAAUUACAAUGAUCAAAUCAUCAAAGGGAUUAUCAUGAUGAUGUUGAUAGCAGGAUCAGAUACAUCCGCAGUUACAAUGGAAUGGGCACUAUCAUUGUUACUUAAUCACCCAAAUGUACUUAGAAAAGCAAGAGAAGAAAUAGACAAUUAUAAAGGAAAUGAUCAACUAGUAGAAGAGCAGGAUCUCCCAAACCUUCCUUACAUCCAAUGCAUCAUCAACGAGACAUACCGACUCUUCCCAGCAAGUCCAUUACUAGUUGGCCAUGAAGCAUCAUCCGACGUAACAAUUUCAGGAUAUCAUAUUGAAAAGGGUACUACUUGCUUGGUUAAUGCAUGGGCAAUUCAUAGGGAUCCAAAAUUAUGGGAUGAUCCUUUGAUAUUUAGGCCUGAGAGAUUUGAAAGACUGACUAGCGAUGAUUAUAAAUACAGUUUAAUCCCAUUUGGGUUAGGGAGAAGAUCUUGUCCUGCUGCUAAUUAUGCUAAUAGAGUUAUAGGACUUACUUUGGCUACUUUGAUUCAAUGCUUUGAUUGGAAAAGGGUUAAUGAGGAAGAUGUGGAUUUAAGUGAAGGAAUUGGUCUUACUAUGCCUAAGGCUAAACCACUAGAAGCAAUGUGUAGAGCUCGUGAAUCCAUGAUCAAUGUCUUGUCUUAUAUUUGAGUUUGCUACUAAAAGUGAAUCUAUGAUUAAUAUUUUGUAUCAUAUUUGUGUUUGCUGAUAUUAUUUUGCACGAUAAAUAAUUGUAGUGAUAUUAAGUUUUACUUUCUAAAUAAAUAAAUAUUGCUAUGUUCAUUGCAUCAUUAGUAUUAUUAAAAGAAAAAAAAUAAUGUAAUAAUGCACCUUGCUUGAAAUAUUAUUCCUAUAAUGUGGAAAAUUAAA